GCCAUCCACAACAACUCCCAGCCUCCCACCAAACCAAUCUCCAUCUGAAGCCCAGUCAAGAAGCCAACAACCUGCAAACCUGCUGGAACCUGCUAAGACCAUGGCGACCCCGUUCUGCGCCGCCGCGUGCCGCUUCCCCGUCGCCGCCCCGCCCAGCGCGCAGGCGCCGAGGCCCCGGCGCGGCAUGGUGGCCGUGCGGGCAGAGGCGGGCGCGGGCGGCGGGAUAAACCCGGCCAUCAGGAAGGAGGAGGACAAGGUGGUCGACACCGUCCUCACCGGCGAGCUCGCCAAGCCGCUCACCGCCUACUGCCGGUGCUGGAGAUCAGGAACAUUCCCACUGUGCGAUGGAACCCAUGUGAAACACAACAAAGCAACUGGUGAUAAUGUGGGGCCCCUGCUCGUUAAGAAGUAGAUGGAGUUUCUUGUCCUAGGGUUAGGUUGAGCGUUGAGCUGACCGGUAUCUGCAUGUCAUGAUAUAUGAUUUUUAUUAAAGUGUACAACUAAACAGCCUAUCACGGCUGCUUUGAUCCUUCAAUCAGAAAAUAAAAUGAGUUGCUCAUGAUACGACAGCUUCAGGUCUGUGGAAAGGGUCGAUGAGAGAUGAGAUGAUACAUGUAGUCCCGAGAGAUGGAUAAUCAUGGAGAUAUGUAGUACUGCGUAAUGUUCAAUGAAGUUAUGAGAUUGUGGUUCUGCUGGUGACGAA